AUGAAUGAGUCUAAUUUUCCAGAUUGUCAUAAAUAUGACAUCACAUCAAAGCUUUCUCCAUACCUGGAGCCGAAAAUGGUGUUGUAUGUCUUGGACUGGCUUAGUUCCAAGGAUAUCUAUUCAGCAGAUGAAUUAAGCUCUACUAGAGAGGAGCUGAACAAAAAAUUAGAAUCCGUCAAACUGUCAGAUGAAGAAUUCUCACAAAUGGAAUCAGAUUGUUUGUCUAAAAUACAACAAUUUAAAAUUGUUCUGUCAUUAUAUAAAAAGGACCAAUUACAUAGAAUCAGCUCAACUUUCGAAAAAACAACCGUCCCAUCACUGAUACAAUGGGCGAACACAUCAUCAUUAAAUGUCAGUACAGAUUUCCCAAGAGAUGUCGACGAAUUAAUUUUAAAGUUAGCAAAAGCGUAUUUCGAUAGAGAAGAUUACGAAAACUGCAAAUCGCUGCUAAUUUAUUACGUCAACUCAGUGUCAAAAUAUACAGUAGAAGGUUGGAAUCUAGAAAUAAUAUUUUCUUCAGGAUCAUCAACCAAAAAAAAGAUGAAGUGUUAUUGGGGAAUAAUAAGUUGUAAUAUUCUAAGCGUGCUUCUCCCGUCAAGCCAUGAAGAAUUGCAAGAAAUGUCGUCAAUGGUAAUAGUUCAACAGGACCCAGACAAUGAUAAGGAUGCAACACUCAUUGACCAGAGAACGCCCCGAUCAGGUGUAUACUGUAUCUUAAAGUUUGCAGAACUUUUGAACUCAGAAGAACUUAAUAGAGAUAGAAAGGACCUAAUUUUGAAGAGGUGCUGGUUGUUGCACUGGUCACUGUUCUACAUAUUCAAGUAUCACCUAGCCCUGUUCCACCUAAGCAACAAGAACACAAAGUCAUUUGAAUGGCCACAACUCCAGGAAUACUUCUUAGACGAGAGGAACCUGGCAGUUGUAAACCUAUUGACUCCACACCUGCUUAGAUACUACGCAGUCUACGCAAUUCUGAACAGGAAUAGGAAGGAUCACUUCAGGACAAUAAGCAAUGUUAUUGCAAACACCAAGCAUAAAUAUAAUGAUACUUUCACAUCGUUAUUGGGUGCACUCUUCGUUGACUUCAACUUUGAGGCUGCACAAAAACACAUUGUUGAAAUCAAGGAGGCAUGCUACGUUGAUGUACUCUUAAACCCUCUGAAGGACGCAAUUGAGGAAAGCUCCAGGCACAUUAUAUUUGAAACAUACUGUAGGAUACAUAAAUCAAUAAACCUAGAUAUAAUUGCCCAGAACGUUAACAUGACAUCAUUGGAUGCAGAAAGGUGGAUUGUAAACAUAAUAAGACACUCUCACGUCGAGGCGAAAAUCGAUAGUGAAAAAAACUGUGUGGAAAUCUCAACUGUACCGCCAAACCUAUACCAGCAAGUGAUUGAGAAAACUCAAAAUUUAACUCUGAGAUCAAAUAUGAUCCUACAGAAUCUCUCACAAAUGACACCAAAUUCUGAUAAUUCGCUUCAAAAUCUGAGGAAUUCUGAUUUAGGGGACAGGAAUCUCCAGAGAAGACUAUUUGUACAUAACCAGCAAAAAAAGAACCAAUACAAAUUUAACCAAGGCAAAGAAUAUCAACGAGCUGAACAGGAAUCACUGUGGUGA